AUGUAUGAUCAGAAACAUGCUAUUGUCUUUGGCGCAUCCGGCCUAAUCGGCUGGUCUCUAGUAAAUCAACUCUUGAGUUCAUACCCAAGCGUUGGUACUUUUUCUAAAGUCACUGCUAUUACAAACCGGCCGAUUACAGUCUCCGACUCACAUUGGCCUGAGUCGGCCUCGAACCAACCGGAUCUCCAGCUCGUCUCAGGAAUUGAUCUUCGCGACGGGGACGGAGCUACGCUGGCAGAGGCACUGAAGCGCACAGUGAGAGACGUGGAAAGUGUUACCCAUAUCUAUUAUCUGGUUUUCACCGCGGUCGAGGAUGAUAUUGAGGAAGUUUCUACAAAUCUGCGAAUGUUUAAGAAUGUCAUCGAUGCCCACGGCUUGAUCAGUCCUAACCUGCAGUUUGUGGCAUUUCCCGGUGGGACGCGGGGGUAUGGUAUAUACACUCCCGGAGGCACAUUCACCCCGCCUUUAACAGAGGAUAUGGUGAACAAGCUUCCAGCUGAAAGUGCCAAGACGGUCGUAUACCCAGCAUACCGCAAGCUUCUCGAUGCAGCAAGCAAAGGAAACAAAUGGACCUGGUGUGAAAUUUGCCCAGAUGCGAUUAUUGGCUUCACUCCCAACGGUUCUCAGUUCAGCCUGGCACUUCAUUGGGCCCAGUACCUAUCUCUGUGGGCUUACAAUAACGGCAUAGGACCAGAUACGCCAGGACCCCACAAAACCGACGUCCAGGUACCAUUCCCUGGCAAUGUGGCUAGCGCCAACUCGUUGUUCUCGCCAGUAUCUAGCAAUACAAUUGCACGGUUCAUGAUAUAUGCCUCUCUUCACCCGGAGGAAUGCGGCGGAGGCCAGUUGUUCAAUGUUGCCGAUAACGAAACACCUUGUAAGUAUGGUGAUAUCUGGCCUCGACUAGCGAGUUGGUUUGAUCUAGUGGGCAUGGGACCAGUUGAGAACUCGCAAGCAUUGGACAAUACUUUGAAGGCUGGCGAACUCCCCCGAAGUACUAUAGACCUGACGCCUGGGGAAUAUGUUCUGGAGAAUAUGGAAAAAUUCGCUGAGCUUGGCCGGGCAAAUGCUGUUCGUGGAGGUGUUGGUGCUGGUAGGCAGCAACUUGACAGUGUGGGCUACUGGUUGACAUUUGAUCGGCAACUGAGUCUGGAGAAGCUUCGGCGGACGGGAUUUGAGGGGGAUAGAGAUCAUGUUCAGGGAUGGUUGGAAAGUUUUGAGAUGUUCAGAAAAGCAGGGCUGAUAUUAUGA